GGAGCGUAUGGAGAGAAGUGGCUUGAAUCCAAACCUGUGAACCUGACCUCCGCUUCAACCUUUGGAUUCUCCUAUCUGCAGCAACAUUCGCAGCCGCCUUCUGUCCAGAAAUCAGGGGGGAAUGAGAGGGAUCACACUUUUGCUGUCCAUCCUUGCCAUCCUGGCUGUUUGGGUGGCGUUCUCAUGGAGAGAUACGUUUGAGCCAGAAAGCCUUUCAGGUGCCCGGGUCCUCGUGACCGGUGCCAGUGAUGGGAUCGGGGAACAGAUGGCCUAUCAUUAUGCCCGAUUCGGGGCCCAAAUUGUCCUCACAGCCAGGAGGGAAGCUGUGUUGCAGAAAGUGAUGGCGAAAUGUCUAGAACUGGGAGCCAAGAAAGCCAUCUACUUCUCUGCUGACAUGGCCUCUCCCACAGAGCCGGAAAAUCUGGUCCGUUUUGCUUUGCAGCAUCUCGGGGGUCUGGAUUAUGUGGUUCUCAACCAUAUCGGCUCGACUCCUUUCGAGAUGUGGGAUGGGGACAUGGACCAGCAACGAUGGCUGAUGCAGGUGAAUUUCUUUAGCUACGUGGCCAUCGCGUCCGCAGCUCUCCCUGCCUUGACAGAGAGUAAAGGGUCUCUCGUUGUGGUCUCCUCUCUUGCAGGGAGGAUCGCCAAUCCAUAUGUCGCCUCGUACGCAGCCACCAAGUUUGGCCUGGAAGGCUUCUUUGGCUCUUUGCGCCACGAGCUGAUCAUGCAGAAGAAAGACGUGAGCAUUACGCUCUGCUUCCUCGGCCUCAUUGACACCAAGAACGCAAUGGAGAAAGUCAAGGGCAAGGUGAACAUGAGUGCUGCCCCGGCCUCGGAAGCGGCUCUGGCCAUCGUGAAAGGGGGAGUGACACGGGCAGCGGAGAUCUUCUACCCUUGGACGGUCCAACUCCUGUUUCUGAUUCGAGAUUGGUUCCCCGAUCAACGGGACAAGAUCAUACGUGGCUACUACAACUACGAUCCCCCUCAUGCCUAGACCAGCAUCUUUGCAACCUGUUGGGUCACGAGUCCCAUCCUCCCCAGCAAGAAGGGCCCAUCUGCCUCCUCCCCAAAGGUCCCAGAAUCAUAGACUCCUAGAGUUGGAGGAAACCACAAGCACCAUCCAGUCCAACUCCCAUCUAUUGUGAACAACGAACAUUCCCACUUAGUUGGGACUUAGGUGAGCUGCGCAUAUGCAGAGGGCACACUGGCUGGCAUCUUGUAAGGUAGUAACAUUGGCCCCUUGGUUCCCACCAGGGUUUGGUUCCAGGAUCCCCUGUGGAUCCCAAAAUCCGCAGAUGCUCAAGUUCCAUUCAAUAAAAUGGUGUCUAAUAUAAAA